CGCACCCUGGGGCUGGGUGAGAAAGAGACUCGGCAAACAGCACACCUGGGCGCUGGCUCUUUAAGAAGCCACCUGCGGGCUCUGUGGAAUGACAUCACUGCAGCUCAGCGUACCUGCUGCUACCAGGUCAUGUGAGAAGGAAGUCUCUAGAAGGAUCCUUGUGUCCUGGUUUUCUGUCAGUCUGGAGGGGAGAGCCAUGCAUGAGGAGGCCGGGCAGUCUCUGGUUCAGUUCCGUCACUGCGGAAGGGACAUCUACUGCUUCUGCGUCCCCCGCUGCUGCCCCCUCUGCCAGCAGGACCUGGGCUCCCGGAAGCUGGAGGAGGCCCCUGUCAGCCUCUCCAGUCCCUUCUCCAAUGGCCACCGGGAGCCGUGCGCCUUCGUGCUCAGACCAACGUACGGGACCUUCCUCAGGGAGUACGACGGAAGGUCGGACCUGCAUGUGGGAGUCACCAACACACGCGGGCUGGUUUACAACUACACGGAGCUGGGCGUGCGGCAGGAGCUCGAGGGCUGGGAGCAGAGCGUGAGUGUCCCCUUGCUGCAGCCCUCCAUGCUGGCGCUCAGGGACCAGUGGGACCGCUACCUGGAUGACUUCUCUGCCUCGGGGACCUGGCUGCCCCACAGGUACCACGAGGAGACCCAUAACUGCGCCACCUUCGCACUUGCCUUCAUCAACUGCAUCCUGGCCACCGAGGGCUGGGGACAGCUGGACAAGGGCAGCUUCACGGAGAGGUUCCUGCUCCCGCGGACACGCAGGGCAUCCAAGUACAUCGUGCUCCAUCGGGCCAUAGAGGAGAAGGGUUUCUAUGCGACAGAGCAGCCCCCACAGGACAGCGCGUCCUGCUGAGGGCUGGGGGUGGGGGGCAGCAGGGCAGGGGACCUUCAGUGGGCUCUGAGGCCAGUCAUGAAGGAGGGACGGUACACAGCUGCUGCUAUGGCCCAAGGCUCCCCAAGGCCAAUAAAGCUUGCCGGUGGCUCUCAGAACUGAUUCUCUCAGAACUGGGUUUGCAGCUGGGAGUCCUGCCCAGGGCCCAGGGGGCUGCCCAGAGCUGUGAGAACGGACCUGGAAACUGACCAGAGCCUAGCAAAUCACCUGGGUGAGCUCAUGACAUGGGGCUUGGAAGAAGGUGAAUGAGGACUGCCCUCAUCCCACUGCUGUCAUUUCUUUCUGGAAAGAAAAGUAUUUGUUGAUUGUUGUGAGAAAUAGAGAUUUUGGGGUGGGGCGGGGGGGGGGGUUCAGGUCCUGGUGCCUGGUGGUGGAGGAGGGCCUAGGCUGGGGGAGAGUGUUUUGCAGAAAACUGAGAUGUUUUACACAUGUACCAGCAACUGUAUUUACUGUAAAUCAUUAAUACUCCUCCCCCCAAAACCAGAAGGGAUAGGUGGAGGUGUUCCCGGUGUAGGCACACACCGUGUGCAAGGACCCAACUUCCAUCUCCCCACCUGCAGGGGGGAAGCUUUAUGAGGGGUAAAGCAGGGCUGCAGGUGUCUCUCUCUUUCUCCCUCUCUCCCCUCACAUCUCAAUUUCUCUCUGUCUUAUCAAACAAAAUAGAAAAGAGGAAAAAAUAUGGAAGAAAAAGAACAAAGAGGAAAUACAAAGUAGAACUUAGACUGGGAAAAAAAGUCUGCUUACCUCAUGUUUGGUGAUGGAAAUAGAACAAACGCUUUUCCUUUCUCGCUAUAAUUUUUUAUUCAUAAAAUAAAAAUGGUUUAGCCAUAUAUAGAGAGAGCCAUAAUGAGACAGGGCAGAACACCAGUCAGCCCUGGCUUUGGGUGGCGUCUGGGGUGGAGACUGGGGCCUCAGGCACAUAAACCCUGUGCCCUAAGUCAGCACUUUUAUUUUCAGAGCACGUGGGAGUGGGAGGGAGAUAGCUCAGCAUGUAGCUCCUGCCCCCUGUGAUGGGGCCCUGGGCUUGAGCCCCUGCACCACAUGGGGUGCCACAUGCAGCACUGGGGGAAGCUCCAUGGAGGUGGAGUGGUGUUUUGGUUACCCUCUUGCUUCCCUCUCUUCUCUUCCUAAAGAUGAAAAAAAACACACACACACAAAAAAAAAACAGGGCCUGGGAGGUGACUCAGCACUGUGUAGCAAGGAGGCCUCUGGUCCAUCCCCUGGUGGUGCAUUCAGAAAAUGUACCUGGCAACUCUAACCUUCGAGACUAGUUAACACUCCCUCUCUGCACUGGCUUUCUGGCAUCUGGCUGCUUGAACUGGAGAGACAGUUCUCCGUGGGCAACGAGCCAGUCUGAUUGCUUUUGUCUGUUUAGAUCCGGAUGGGCAGAGAGGUGGAGAGGGAGAGACAGAGACCACAGCACAGAAGGUUCCUUCAGUGUAGUAGGGGCUGGGCUUGAACCUGGGUCGCGAACCUGGGUCGCAUACGCGGAGAAGCUACGCCUGUCUGGCCUGCUGGCUUCUGUUUUAUCUGACCUGCUGUGGGGUGAGGGUGGGCAGGAUACUGGGAUCACCUCCACAGAGCACCCCUGCCGCUCUCAAUGCAGAGCUCAGAAGGGCCCCGGGAAGGGCUUUCUUUGUCCUCCAAGGCCUCCAGGAGGAAGAAUGGGGUGGGGAGUAUGGGGGUGAACCUCCACACAGAAACGAGAGCUGGAGGGACAGCUCACCUGGUGGGGCUCACGGCUCACCAUGCCCAAGUUCCCAUGUUCAAACCCCAGCACUGCAUGGGAGGUGUGAUGGAGUCCCAGGUUCCGGUGCUGGGGUGUUUCUCUUUGUGAAUGAAUUAGUAGCCUGAAACUGGAGAGCGGGGAACUGUCAGGUGUGCACUAAUUACUACCCUCGGCAAUAUUUUGGAUAUUAAAUUGAAAUACACCGUCAA